GUUGUUUGACCAUGUCUGAUUGAUGCGUCGGGCAUUGUUGACCACAGCGCACUUUCGAUCUUUCUUGUGCCAAUCCACUAGCCUUUUGUGCGUCACAGAUAGCCACAGGCGUACUCAGGGAUAGAGUCUGAUGUUGGAAAGGCAGUCAGAGGUCGAUAUUAUGAUGCAAUAAGUGAACUCCAAGCAGCUGCUCAUAGUUGAGUUACAGAUGAGUUGCUCACUGCUUUCUCAGCUCAACGAAAUGAGUGGACUUUCGAACCAGAUAGCUACCGCAUUCUCGGCACUGCUACUCGUUACCAAAGUUGAAUGUCGAUAUUGCACGGAGUCGCCAGGGCAUGUCUUGUUCCAUCAAGACAUGUGCAAGACAUGUGCUUCCACUCUUAUCCUAGGCCCCCUCUCCUUGUUCGAGUGAGCUCGUGGCGCCUGGGACCGCCCCUGGGGGAUUGUGUCGGACAGAUGGGGAAGGGACUGGGCGCGCCGGCGCCCUGCGUCCCGGGCAAAACGGAGCUGCAAGAGCGGGAGGGAGGCACAGAGCGACAGGGGUCAGCGCUGGUCACGGGGAGUUGUCACAGAGCAUCAGUGAGGCAUCUGGAGUCCGGUACCUUCCUCUUCGUCUUUGAAGGUGCGAAAGUGCGCUAGUUACAUUCGCAUUCCGCGAGUGAAGCAUCUGAAGAAUCAUCACUCGGUUCACUUGAAAUGAAGUUCUUCUGACAACAAGACGAGUUCAGCUCAGCAGCGAAUAAACUCUGCGUCAGAAGUGCAUCUUGAUCAGAGGCAGCAGCCAAAAGCUUCACUCCAGGCUCAGCAUGACCUCAAGCUCCAUCCAGGGCACGAGUGCCAACCUGCAGUGGCACAUCUCCUUCCCCAAGACCUCCGACUCCACCGACUUCCCGUUCUGGAAGUACGACUUCCCGCGCGAGAUCUGGGACGUGCGUCCGGCCUCCCAAAUAGCCGUCAAAGUGGCCACCUUCAUCCCCAUCAUGCUGCUUGGCCUCAUCGGAAACGGUGCCGUCCUCUUCUUGGUGUGUCGGAGGAAGACGAUGCGAACUCCAGUUAAUCUUCUUCUGGCGAGCAUGGCCGUCUCGGAUCUCUUCGUCGCCUCCGUGUUACCCUCGCUGACGAUGGUCGAGGAUUUCUUCCAGAACUGGGUCCUCGGACCGGUCAUGUGCAAGCUGGAGGGUUUCCUGAUGCUGUUGUUGACUCUCGCCGGCGCGCUGACACUAGUGGCAGUGAGUCUUCUGCGGCUGAUUUCGAUCGCCGCUCCUGCUAGUGUCAUUCAAGCCCGUCUCACGCCCACAGCAGCCAUCCGUCUGGCCAUCCUCAUCUGGCUCGUGGCGGCGAUUCUGGCUACCCCGCUGCUCCGCUGGCGUCAUUACCGCGAACGACAGUGGCGUAACUUCACCGAGAAGUACUGCACCGAGAACCAAGAACUUCUCGGUCUUUACUGGCUGGUGUUGGGCGCUCUGCUCGUCUGGCUUCCGCUAGUCGCCAUCCUCGCCAGCUACGCCGUCAUCUUUGUCAGGUUGGAGAUGACGGCUCGACGCGCCACACGGCGUGGCUCUGGCGCGCCCGCCGCCACGCGGGGACGGGAUCGAGUGGGAAUUAUGCUCUGUGUGGCUUCUGCUGUGUACCUCCUAUGCUGGACGCCCUUUGCGGCUGUCAUCGUGAAACGCUACAGACUUCCUGACGAAGCAGACGCGGUGACCGACUCGUUUCGAGCUCUCUGGUACGCUGCGCACUACCUGAUGUACGCCAAUGCUGCAGUAAACCCGAUCGUCUACUGGGCGACGAACGAGACGUUCCGUAGAGGCUUCAGAGAGACGUUUGUGGCGCGAUCACGACGACAAGCGACAUCAGCAGCGAGAACCUCCGGCGAAGCGGAAAAGUCGGCGGCGAAACCGGUGGAUGUGACGCAAAUGUCGCAGCUGGCAACAGAAAAGGAGAAAAGUAUUGUGAACGUGACGCGAGAAGACGAUAAGCUGCCGGUGCUCGAAAAAGACGAAGCCAAGCAAAGAAGCCAAGAUGAGGGAAAGCUACCAGAGGGAGAAAGGCACGGCGGCGCCAAAGAAUGGAAUGCGGAUGCAGAAGAGACUGAAGAGACGGAGCAGACGAAAUGUGUGGAGUGCCUUGCAGAGGAGACUGAGAAAGAGAAGCACGAGCACAGAAAUCAGGAAGACGUUGAACGAAUGGAGGAAAAUGAUGAAAGGUCUUGCAGCCGAUAA